CGUUCUAAGGCCUCUGUGUGCCCGCGGAGUAGCCAUCAUGAGCAAAGCUCACCCUCCCGAGUUGAAAAAAAUUAUGGACAAGAAGUUAUCAUUGAAAUUAAAUGGUGGCAGACACAUCCAAGGAAUAUUGCAGGGAUUUGAUCCCUUUAUGAAUCUUGUGAUAGAUGAAUGUGUGGAGAUGGCGACUAGCGGACAACAGAACACUAUUGGAAUGGUGGUAAUAUGAGGAAAUAGUAUCAUCAUGUUAGAAGCCUUGGAACGAGUAUAAAUAAUGGCUGUUCAGUGGAGAAACCCAUGUCCUCUCUCCAUAGGGCCUGUUUUACUAUGAUGUAAAAAUUAGGUCAUGUACAUUUUCAUAUUAGGCUUUUUGCUAAAUAAACUUUUGUAAUAGUCAAAAAUGUUUUCUCAGAUGUUCUGAAUAUAGAAUAUUAGCUCUCAUUCCGAUUUUUUCUGACAUGAAUUUUCCUGGUUGACACUGAUUUAAAAGGGUUUUAUGCAUUAAAGUAGACUAAUCUUGUUAAAA